AUGGCGACGUCCCAGUCCAGCGCCGUGAUGCCAGCGACCAUGUUGAUGUUGCAGAAUCCUGACAAGCCCGCAAAAAUGAUGCGCGAGGAGGAGGAGGCGCUGCAGCGCCGAGAGCGACGUCGUCACCAGUGCCGUGUUAGCCAGCGGCGCUACCGCGACAAACAGGGCUCGGCUGAGUACAACCUAAAGCUGGACGUCAACAACCUGCGCGAGCAUGUGCAGCGCCUCCAGGGCAUGCGGGAGCUACUGGAGACCAAGAUCUGGAGCAGUCGAUUGGCCCGCGACGGGGCCGCGGUCAAGGCUGCCGAGAAGUACUACACUGUCUUCUCGCAUGGGAUGCACAACCCCGAAGCUGGAGGCGAUCAUGUUCGCAAAUGCUUCGACAUGCAGGUGACCUUCGUCAAGGCUUUCAUGGACGAUGACGUAGAGUUCGGCGAUUCGCGCGGUGUGUCGGCCGUACUGAAUCAGUGGCAUUUGUACACACAGUUCCACGCCACUUUGUCCGUGCGUAUGCUGUCGGCCGAGGUCUGCGGCACUGAGGAAACUCCUAUUGUCGUGGUGAAGGGAGUGCUCGCUGUACGGCUUUCUUCUAGUAUUUAUUUGUGCACACUAGCCACCAUUUUUUGGUUGUAUACUUGA